GUUGUUUGGUCUUACGAUAGGGUGGUGGUUCAAUCCCGGACAAAUGAGAAAUUUGAUCUCGAAUGCACUCUUCCUUCAAGUAGUCCUGAUUGGUUCAAUCUUCGAAUCGACGAGCUCGGUGAAGUUUCCGCUCAAGUGAAGCGCAGCAUUUGCAGGGCUUUCUCAAUUGAUGACGAAGACCAACGGACCAUAUGGGCUGAUGACAUUAAAUCACAAUUGUAUCUACAGCUUAGUGUGAUGCUAAGAAGUGCUAUGGUUGCAGCAAGGAUGACUCCGUUGCAUAGGUACUAUGUGAAAAAGCAGAGCUGCGACACAUUCGUUAUUUUGUAUAAACUGUUCGAAGGCUUCUCGGAAAUAGAUCUGGGCAGUGAAGCUAAACGGCUCGAACUUGGACGAUUUCCGACUCCAGUAGGAGCGUUUCGUCUAGAACUCGCCUACCGCACUCAAAUGGCUAAAGAGCGAGGGCCUUCCCCCGGCGGAGGGCAUGAAUCACCAAACCAGGUAACGGAUAAUGUUGACUUUGUCAAAGCUGCACGGAAACCAGUAAUUGUAAGUCUUGCCCUUGAUUUAUAA